UUUUUUUUUCUUUCAGUUUCUUUGUUUUUCUUCUUAGUUGUUCUUUUCUAGAUUUCUGGUUGUUUUUUCUUUUUUCUUUUCAUUUUUUCUCUUUUUCUUGUUUUUUUGUCGUUUUCUAUGUUUCUUCUUCUUCUUCUUCUUCUUCUUUUCUUGUUCUUGUUCUUGUUCUAGUUCUUCUUCCUCGUAGAGCACAUUGACGAAACGGACAUAGGUAGCACACGUGAGGCGUCGGACAGAUGACAGACGGACAGAAAAACAGAAUGACAACUUAGGAAUGGUGCAAGAUGGGGUGGCGGGCAGAGAGCUGGAUGGGAAGAUGGAGUGAGAAAGUUUGCUACGUGACUUGGAACAGACGGACAGCCGAUACAGACGAGUGGAAAUGGUGGUGGAGAGUUUUGUCUUGUAUAAUGGUAGCAGCUGAUGAUGGUGAUGUGUAAUAGAGUCUGAAUAACUACCUUUCCUUUAUGAGUCACUUGUCCUGCUUCAAUCCGUUGCAGGAGAAAGAUUUGGUGGUGUUUGCGCAUCUCCUCGUGGGGUUGAGGACACGGAAGCAGAGGAAGGAUGGCGUAUCAUAUUUUCUGUGUAGAGUUUGACCAUUUGUUAUAAGAGAGAAUUACUGCCGCACUCUGAACGUGUUGCGCCAAGUGUGUGUGCUUUGGUGUCUGGUCGUGUUAUUUACAAACAGUCGCUUGCUCUGAGUUCUUACACGCUUUGGCUUCUCAUUAAGAUAAUUUUGAACAGCCACAUAGAUUGCUAUUGUGAUUCUUGUGAUAUUUUUCCCAUUAAUGAUGCAGAAUCUUUGUCAGACGAUCAGUAGAAUCCUGAAAUCUCUUAAAACGCCCAGUAAUCCCAAUAUCCACGAUAAAAAUAGCUGAGACAAGGCGCUGAAACCUCUGAUAAAUCGUUUCCCGAGUGUCAGUGUUGCGCUGUGUCUCGCCUUGUGUAUUGCCGCUCCCUGGUGUGCUUUGGCUUUAUAUUAUGUCUGCAUUUCCCUCGCGAUUCUUACUCUUCUUUUGUAUUCGCUCAUCUGCCGUACCGAGCAAUUCAAAUCAUCGAGUGUCUGCAUUUACACAAUAUUUCGUCUAGGGUUACUCAAAUGAAGCAACAGGUGUCAUAUUGUCAUUAGUAUGGUAAAUUAUUGUGCUUGAUCGUCUGUGCAAGGUGGCUGUACAAGCAGGGUCGUUGUCUCUCUCCUCGGCGUACUGAGAACACACGCACGCACUUCGGAUCAGCUCGCGGCGGGGGUGGUGGCGCCUUAUUUGGUAGCACUGCGGUGGCGUGACUCAUUAGACGCAGUGCCAAGGUUACACAAAAGCCUCAAGAUUUGCUCCACCUUCAUCCAAAAGCCUCAGCCUGAAGACCAAGCCACGGUAGUGGUUCUUCUGCGACCCUCUCGACUUCAACGCCCACGCCCACGCCCACACCGCAGCCAUGGUUGUCUCAUCCCGCAUGCUGGCCGCCCACACCAACGGCUACCCCAUGGACGCCAAGGCCCGCUUCUGGUCCAACUACUACAGGUCCCUGAAGGACAUCACCAGGGUGGAGCACCGCCCCCGUGCUUCCGAGUCCUUGCCAGUUCGUAGCACCGGCGGCCAGUACAGCGGCCCCACCGUGUACCCCAAGAGCACCUACCCCCUGGUCCUCAACACGAUAUCCCCGACCGUCCGUCCCACCUGUCACCUGUGAGGUGUCUGAGUGUCGGGCUGACUACGAGGUGGCUUAAUUACUGCCUCCACCCACACUAGCCCUCACCACCACCACCACCACCACCAUCACCACCACCACCAUCUCGCGUGGAUACAAUAAAUCUGUGUCUUUGUAACAUUGGAGCCUCUGUGUCAUUCCCUCACGCCUGGGUCUUCGGAGGAGUUCAUGGGUUCGCGGUUCGUGUCUCGUGGUUCACUACUCGUGGUUCGAUCAUCACCCGGUGCUCUCUUUUGUUCCUCGGACGAGCAGACGUGUUCUGAACGAGUGAACAGAAUGCACGACGAUAUAACGAUAUAUAUAAAGAGAAUCUAGACUUAAUGAUGAUAAUAAUGAUGGUUAAAAGAAUGAAGUGUUAUAUUAUUUAAGUUUAAGGCCUUCAUGUGAAGUAUUGUUUUAAGUUCGCUUGAAAUUUUAUAUAAAAAAAAAUGUUAAAAUGCAAAGAUAAGUACAUUUCUGUAACCUUUCGACUAUGUUUGGAAAGUAUCGAUGUAAUGCAAAGAAAAUGUAAGUAAUUUUAAAGAAAACGGGGAAUGGUGGCCAGACUGUUAGUGCAGGCGGGCGAGUGCGCGGGUACCAAGCUGGUGCCACGCCACGCCCGACACGCCCUGACACUGUGCCAUGUCCUCAAGACCCACCACAUCACCAUCACCACCACCACCAUCACCAUCAUGCUCAUCACCGGCUCGUACGUGAGUGCGUGCAGGCGUGUUUGAGUCAAAAGUCACUCAAUCACGUCCAUCCACGCCCACGCACACUCACGCCACUGAAACAUCUGGAUAAAUUUUCAGUCGUUAUUUUUUUUUUUUUUUCAUCUUCACGCAUCACAGUCACCGCCAUCUUCAUAUUACCGGCGGCGUCUCCUCUCGACGCGUGUAAGGAUUCGGCUGGCUUGCUCAUUGGUUCAUCCAGUGAUUCGAAGCCUUCCCUGAACCCUGAACUGUGUGGAGCAAGGGAUAUUGCCAGUGUUCUGAAGUCGAGUGUUAGGUUUCUCUCUCUCUCUUUCUCUCUCUUUCUCUCUCUCUCUCUCUCUAAUGUAUAGUGAUUAGAAAUAAACGAGUUUUAAUCAA